AUAUUAGAAUUUAGACCAUUUUAAGAAAAAACUAUUUCUGAAAUAAAUUAAUUCAUCUAUAUUUAUUUGUUCUCAUAUUCCUCUUAAUUGGAAUUGAUUGUUAUCUUAAAUUUAAGGUUCCUCACAAGUAAUUAAAACAAAAAUCUAUUUAAUAUCUGUUAUUGGUUUUAAUUAUUUUAUUUCAACUUAAUCAUGUCCAAUAAUUGUGUGGUAGUAAGCGGUCUCCCAAAAAACGUAAGGAGGCAGAAAAUGGUCCAUUUUUUGAGAAGUUACGUUUUCAAAAAGCCGCCAUUACAAUUCUGGAUCGAGUCGAUGAAUUCUGGAUCGAAUAACUCAAAAGACAUGUUAAUUCGCUUUGAAACAGAAGCGGCUGCAGAUUUUGCUGCAAGAUCUCUACAGGAUUAUCCAUAUCAGCACACAGAUCAAGAUAUAUACAAGUUAAAAUGCUGGAUAAAGAAUAAUGCAGAUACCACUAGGGAUCCACAAGAAUUUGCUGAAGAUGUGAAAAUUGAGAGGGACGUAAUACCAGUUGAAUUUCAGAGACCUUACUCUCCAGUUAGAGAAAGGGAUAGGAGCCCUCACUUACGCGAGGAACUAACAAAACUUGAGUUGGAGAUUGAACUGACAAACAAGAAGCGUAUGCUUCUUGAGGCAGAAAGGAACCUGUUACUGGAACAAAAGCGACUAGAAAUGCUUCAAAAGUCAGGGACACCUGAUUUACCCGUGGAGGAUUCAACAAAAUCCUCCACUAGAAGUGUACCUCUCACUUUACUUCCAAAAAAACGAGCGCGGAAGCGGCCACAAGACCAAAACACUCACUCAGGAGAACCAUCAAAAAAUCUAUACUGGCCUUCCAAAAUUCUAAUGAAGGAUAUGCUUCACUGCAUUCGAAGAAAUGUUAAUCCAGACCAAAUACCUUUAUUCAAUGCUUUAUUGCGAAAUGUGGUCAAAAAACGAUUAACUGAUAUCUUAGGUGACGAACCUAAUCAGAAUACUAAGAAAUGCAUAUCCAUGUACCGAAUGUUAUAUCCAAGAGAUGUAGAUGAAGAUUUUGUUAUAACCCUGAAAAAUUUGAUGUUGCAAGGCCAGUUGCCUCCAGAACUUCAGGGUCCUAGUCUCCAAUCAGGCACUUCUAAUGUUAACAUGACAAACACCAGCAACAACAUAGAUCCAGCCGACUUACCAAUUUCAGAGCUAAGCAAAGACCUUGAUGAUUGGACUGAGGAUACUACAGCAAGUGAUACUUAGUAAUGUUUCCAAAAAAGUUGGCCAGAGUUAUUAGAUUUGCAAACGUCGUUUUGUAGGUUUCGCCCCACUAAGAUUACAUGUGCAAUUCCCAGCACAUAACUCUGACCAAGCCGAGACCAUUACAACUAAAUAGUUGCUACUGCCAAUUAAGUCAUAGCAAUUUUUAAAUACAAACAACAAAUGUUAUCUUAUUUUGUUAUAAGUUUAAAAGUUUAUACUUCGGUUUCCGGCAUCUUAAAUAUAUUCUACAUUAGAAAAGUUUUUAAUAAAUACUUUGGCAUAAAAUAAUUCAUUUCA